AUGCGUGGGCGGCCAUUGAAAGUCGAUGAUAAUGCUCCUUUGGAUGAAACUUUACGAAGAGCCCGAGGAAGAGCCGCACAGCGCCGUUAUAGGCAUCGGCAAGAACAAACAUUAGCCGAGAAUGAGGGCAGAAUUAAAAAGCUGGAAUCCGUUGUUCAAGGGAUGAUCAGUGCCUUUCUGGACUUCGGAGACCACGUCUCGCUAUCGAUAGCUGUUCCAACUUUUAAUGAAACUGGAGAUUUAGGAACAGCUUAUCAUGAAACCGUGAGGAGGUUUCGGGAUCUGGCUGCUGAAGUUGAUGAAGAUAUCUCCUGUCGCCAGGAUCGGUCUCCAAACUCAACUUCUGAUGACAGUCAACAGGCCACUACUCAAAGUAUCCUUCGGCCAUCCAGUCGACCACAGUCGAUACCGCUGUCGACUGUUGAUACUUCGUUCAAAACGGGGAAUUCCCAGCGUGUUCCGGUUUCUAAUGCUAAUGUCAAGGUGGUUGACAAAUGGCCGUCAGCCGCCGCGUAUAGUAUGCACAGAUUCCUGUCUUCGGCAUUCAUCUCGAUGCCUCUUCAGAACCCCGGACUCUCUAGUGAUUAUUCGAACAUCAAGGAGCUCGCUUUUCCUGGGUCUUCGUUGCAGCAGAGACUCAUUCGUAAUGGGAUGUUACUCAAUUACCAAGCUUUGCACUGCGAUCAGGAGCAGGACAAGCGAUACUCAUGGUGUGCCAGAGUCCAUCGCUUCAGCUUUCGCCACUCAAACAAGUGGGACAUUCUGUUUCUGACCAGGCUUGGGCUUGACAAAAUGGUCGAAGCGAGCCAUCAGAAAGUCCGCAGAAGAUCAUAUGGUCCAGCUUCUCCGCCAAGGCAGCUCCCUGGCAGCGGGUUUUUUGACGACGAAAGGCACCAGCAACUUGCCGCUGCUAUCCAGAAUGACCUCGAGCUUGAAGGUACCCUGUCCGACAUUGUCCGCGCCGAGGAGCUUGAUGACUAUCUGGCCACAAAAGGGAGGACUACUCUUGAUGGCAACACGCUCGAACUGCGGUUAUUCUCCGUCAAGCAAUGCUGGUCUCAACCUUCCACAAUUUCUUCGCCCCACGAAGAUAUCAAGACCGUCCUCAUUGACACUGAAAAAUUCCUGCGAAAGCUCUGUGAAGAGGCCAUUUGUUUAGGGGACGGUAUGGGCUUCGCGAAACACAUUGUCAACGACGCUAUCGUCUGUUCCGCGAUGUAUAUGAGCCAACUCCCCGAACUGUCGCUUUAA